AUGGCUCUCUGUCUCUGUGGCUCUGUCUCUAUGGCUCAACGGCUCUAUGUCUCCGUGGCUCUAUGUCUCUGUGGCUCCAUCAGUCCAUGGCUCUAUGGCUCAACAGCUCUAUGUCUCUAUGGCUCUAUGGCUCUGUGGCUCUAUGUCUCUGUGACUCUGUCUCUGUGGCUCAAUGGCUCUAUGUCUAUGUGGCUCUAUGUCCCUGUGGCUCUGUGGCUCUGUGGCUCUGUCUCUAUGGCUCAACGGCUCUAUGGCUCUAUGUCUCUGGCUCAACGCCUCUAUGGCUCUGUGGCUCUAUGGCUCAACGGCUCUGUGGCUCAACGGCUCUAUGUCUCUAUGGCUCUGUGGCUCUAUGUCUCUGUGGCUCUAUGUCCCUGUGGCUCUGUGCCUCUAUGUCUCUGUGGCUCUGUGGCUCUAUGGCUUUGUGGCUCUGUGGCUCUGUUGCUCUAUGGCUCUGUUGCUCUAUGGCUUUGUGGCUCUGUGGCUCUAUGUCUAUGUGGCUCUAUGGCUCUGUUGCUCUAUGGCUAUGUAGCUCUAUGUCUCUGUGGCUCUAUGGCUCUAUGUCUCUGUGGCUCUGUCUCUAUGGCUCAACGGCUCUAUGGCUCUAUGUCUCUGUGGCUCAACGCCUCUAUGGCUCUCUGGCUCUUUGGCUCAACAGCUCUGUGGCUCAAUGGCUCUAUGUCUCUAUGGCUCUGUGGCUCUAUGUCUCUGUGA